CUGAAAUUGAACUUUUUCCAAUUUCUAGUUGUUAUUUGAAAUAUUAGCUUCAAAAUUAAUGAACCAUUAAACCAUCUAAAGAACCAUUUCAAAUACCCUCUAAGAAAUAUGUAUUGAAGACCCAUCAGAACAAAGCAAUCAAAGAUCAUGUACAUGUUGUCCACCUAAAACACAUGGUGAUUCCUUUUCCCUUUUUUCAGGAAGGCCAAUUAAAUCAUGUCAGACUCUGCAUUUCCUGCCACUCUUCCAACAUAGUCAAGAAUCCAAAUCCAAAAUCAUGUGACCUCUUCUAUCAACGACUUAAAGUACGUGUACAACACGGAGAUUCAAAAUGCAUUGAAAUCAAUGAUAAACUGUCAAACCAAAGAGAUAACGAGAACAAAAAUGUGUCAUGGUGCCGUGGCUGCUAUAGUGAAGUAGUGAACAUCAAUAAACUAAAAAGAUUUGAAGACAAGUACAACAAAAAACAAGAAAAUCUAGCCAAAAUAUCAACCAGUCAACAGUCAGUGCCAGCACUUGAAACAAGUGCCAGUGUUUAUCUGAGAUCCUCAAAUAAGACUAAAGCAGGGAGAGGAGAAGCAUGUAUUUUUUGCUCAAAAUCUGGGAAAAAUCUAAAAAGUUUUACCAAUGUCAGAAUGAAUUUCUAUUUUUAGGCCUCUUUCUGUGCUUACAGGUCUGGUUG